GUACGGAGAGCUUUCACUCAUCGUUGAGAAGGAGUCAAUCGAGGCUACCCAAACAAUGGCUAAGUUACCUACAUUAUCACUACUGGGAGGUUGACUGGGUUCCCCUUCAAAAUUCUUCGCUCUGGACAUCAUCCGCAUGUGUCUGGUCGUGUGUGUGAUCGAUCUGCAAGACGAAUUGGUUGACAAGCGAUGCCCGGAGCGGACUGAAGGAGGGCUCAAACUCCAUUAAGCUGAAUUGGAUCUGGGAUUACAACCUGUCCUUACUGGUAUCGAACUUGGGACUUUUUCAUCCAAGCUUGUGGGCUUUGAGAUCCCAAUGGCCUUUGGACCCGCCUGCAAUUGGUGGACGACGACAUCAUUGAAUUGAAUUCUGCCACUUGCUCCUGCCGCUUUCUGGGAGCGUUACUGUUUUUUUCCGCCAGAGUAAGGUAGCCUGGUGUUAUUCACUUUGCGCGAUCCUCUUCACGCGAAUCUUUUCCCAACAACCAUCGAACAGCGACGAUCCAAAACGAUGACCACCGACAACAGCGCCACCGUGCCGGCCUACCUGUCAUACCUACGCCAUCAGCCGUACUUGCCGCCCGCUCCACCGAUCGACGAGAAAGUCGCGCCGGCCUACUGGGCGCAUCAGUGCGCAGUCAGCGGCAAAGAAGAGUGGGACUUUUGGCACGGUGGUCCGCACACCUGCAAACAUGGGUGCGGCUACAAGACGAACCCCACCACGAUUCUGCGCAACAGAGACGGACAGCAGCUGGAGACCAUUGAGGGCGAGAAUUUGCUGGAGGAUCGUUUCGUGGAUUGGUGGGCGAUCUGUUGCCGUUGCCAGCGGUGGCAGCAGAAUGUCUUGCCUGCGCAUCCUCUUCAUGGACGAAUUCAAAAGGUCAAUGGAGAAAACUGUUGCGAUCACUGUCGCAACUUGACGACGAGCACCAGCGACUGCACAAGCUGUCUUGCAAUCACCAAGUACCGCGAAGUCACGCGUACGUUGAGCGGGGUGGAUAUCCCUGGUGCCGCUCGAAGCCGGCAUCACCAGAUCAUAAUCACGAGGCGCCAGCAAUCCCGCCCGAGGUUCAAUUUUGGGGGCGAAUUGUCCGCCGGUUCGACGAUUGGAGAUGAAGAGAAUAAGAAUCAGAAGGCGGAUCUGGAGGACAUUGAGAAAAUGAAGGAAUGCCGAAACGAUGAGGAGGAGAAUGGGAAGAAGGAGCAGGGCAAGGAACGUAAGGGGGAUGAUGAGAAGGUGUCACAGGCGUCUGGUUGAGGGUCUUUGAUAAUGGGCAGGGCCAUUGUGUGGCACUUGUUUGCCGAAUCAGAGGAGGGAACUAUGAUAGGGCCUUUUUCACUCAACUAAGGUGGUCCAAGUCAUCACAACUGGCCUCUUCAGAACAGUUGAUCGUGGGAACCAACAACCAGAGGAGGACUGUCAGGCAUUGCAUGGAGUUUUUGGCGUCACAAAUAAUCCGGAUACCGAGAAGAGGAUCGGGAAUUUCGCAUUAGGUUCCUGAAAUUUUCUCAAUGAAUCAGUCAACUCUGCUUUUGAGGUAGAUAUGUUGCGUGCAUACCCC